AUGGCUUCUCCUCAGAAAAUCCGUACUACCCUUACGGAUCUGCUCAAGAUCCAACACCCCAUCCUGCUGGCAGGUAUGAACGUGGCCGCCGGUCCUAAGUUGGCCGCAGCGGUCACCAACGCCGGUGGCCUCGGUGUCAUCGGUGGUGUCGGCUAUACCCCCGAAAUGCUUCGUGAACAGAUUGCAGAACUUAAGAGCUACUUGAAUGACAAGAAUGCGGGUUUCGGUGUCGACCUUUUGCUUCCGCAGGUCGGAGGAAACGCACGCAAGACCAACUACGACUACACCAAGGGAAAGCUUAACGAGCUUGUCGACAUCAUCAUUGAGAGCGGCGCACGCUUAUUCGUUUCGGCCGUCGGUGUCCCUCCCAAGCACGUCGUGGAGAAGCUCCACGGUGCUGGCAUCCUGUGCAUGAACAUGAUCGGCCACCCCAAGCACGUUCAGAAGGCCCUUGAUGUUGGUGUUGAUAUCAUCUGCGCUCAGGGCGGUGAAGGUGGUGGUCACACUGGUGAUGUUCCGACUACCGUUCUCAUCCCUACUGUUGCCAAGCUGUGCCAAGGCAAGAAGAGCUCCUUGACCGGUCAGCCCGUGCAGGUCGUCGCUGCAGGUGGUUUGUUCAACGGUAACUCGGUUGCCGCCGCUCUUAUGCUUGGUGCCUCUGCUGUCUGGAUCGGUACUCGCUUCAUCCUGUCCGAUGAGGCCGGUGCUCCUGUUGCUCACCAGGAGGCCGUCCGCACUGCCGGAUUCGAGGACAAUAUCCGCACCAUUAUCUUCACUGGUCGUCCCCUUCGUGUUCGCAAGAAUGCCUACAUCACCAACUGGGAAGAGAACCGCCAGGAGGAGAUCAAGCAAUUGACCUCCAAGGGUAUCAUCCCUGUCGAGCACGACAUGGAGAACUUGCCGGAUGACGUUGACGACGAGACCCUGGACAACGCCCGUCCCUUCCUGAUGGGCAAGGUCGCUGCCGUCGUCAAUGAGAAGAAGUCUGCCAAGGCUAUUGUUGAUGAGCUUGUUAACGAUGCCGCUGAUCUGCUGCAGAAGGGCCACAAGAUGCUUGCUAAACUGUAA